AUGAUUAGACAUUGUUAUUUAAUUAUUAAAUUAUUACUAUUUUUUUAUUUUCUUGAUAAAAUUCAUAUUUUUUACUGUCAAAAUUGUGAUGGACAACAUAACUGUAAAGAUAAAUGUCUUAUGUUAAGUGAUGAUAAAAAGGUAUGUUUAUGUAAUUCUAAUGAGAAGGGGAUAUAUUGUAAAGCAAAAUGGAAUGUUUGUGAAAACGAUUGUAACAUAUUAGGUAUCAAAGAAUCAUGUUCUGUUGCUUUGUGUAAAACAGGAACUUGUAAUCCAAUUGAAACAAAACCAUAUUAUAAAUGUGAAUGUGGCGAUUUUUUUAAAGGAAAAAAUUGCGAAAUUGAAAAUAAUCCUUGCACAUUUCCUGAAACUAAUCCAUGUUUAAAUGGUACAUGCAUUUUUAUUGCUAAACUUAAUAGAAUUAUUUGUAAAUGUAACAAUGGAUGGACACAAAAAAAUGUUCAAAAUUCAUCCCUGUUAAAUUGGGGAAAUCAAAAGGUGGAAGUACCUCCACCUUGUGAUGAACAAAUAAAAAGAGGGUUAUCAAAAUAUGUUAUUUAUCAUACACCUGCUUCUUAUGCCAUGUGGUGGCUGAUAUAUGUAAUAAGUGUACUUGUAUUAUUCUUGUGUUGUUGUAAUGUAUGUUUCGAUAUUUUUUCGAAUUCAAUGUUAAGUUAUUUUGGAGGAUUUAAUAAUAGAAAAAAGGAUUAA